AUGACCAGUAUGGGACCAUCCUUUCGCAGGCCACCCUGCUGGCAUGCACCAACACCCCGGUGUUCCCUGGCCAUCCCAUGGCUCCCUGGGAUGCCUCACAAUCCGAGCCAGCAAGGCGCGCCCGGCGGAGGCAUGCCUCAACAGAUGCACAUGGCCGUCUCGGGCCCAGGAGGUCAGGUCAACCCAGCCGCCAUGAUGGGUGGCAUGCCACCUGGCGCAGGCGCGCCCAAUGCCCACGCCCUCCAGCACUUGAACCCUGCACAGGCCCAGAUGUUCCAGCAGGGUCAGUUUGGCAAUUUCGGCAGCAACCCCUCCAUGGCACAACUACAACAGCAUCAGCGAUUCAUUCAGCAGCAGCAAGCAGCUCGUCAACACGCCAUGGCCCAGCAGGCGGCGUUCCAGUCCAACAUGCAGGUCGGCGUCAAUGGCAUGCCCAUGGGCGUGCACAUGAACCCGGCGCAGAUGGCCGCCUUUAGGCAGGCUAGGAUGCAACCUCAUGCCCACAACCAAGCCAUGCUGGCUCAUCAGAUCGCUCUCCAACAGCAGCAACAAGUGGCACAAAACCAGCAGAUGCAGCAAGGUGGACAGCCGGGCCAGCCGGUGCAGAUGAGCGCCCAGCAGAUGCAGAGCCUCCAGCAAGCACAGAUGGCUGCUCUGCAGGCACAGCAACAGGGCCAGCAGCAGGCACAGCAGCAGCAGCAACAGCAACAGCAGGCUCAGCAGCAACAGGCCCAACAGCAGCAGGCUCAGCAACAGGCCCAGCAGGCCCAGCAGCAGCAGCAGCAGCAACAGGCCCAGCAACAGCAACAACAAGGCCAGCCUCCGCAACAACCACAGCAGCCCGGUGGGCCGCAGCCUCAACAGCAGACACCGCAACAGCAGGCGGCCCAACCCGCCGGACCGCAGUCUGCAGGUCAUCCCACACCGUCGCAGACUCCUGGCCCCCAGCCAAAUCAGCAGCCUCAGCCUCCCCAAGCCCAGAACCAGGCGCAAGGUCCACAGCCGGGACAGCAGCCCCAGCAGCAAUUGAACCCCGCACAGCAGCAGGCUCAACACGCCGCAGCGCAGGCUGCCAUGGCUAAUAACAUGGCCCUGGCCCAGCAGCAAGCGCAGGCUCAGCAGGCGAGGAGGGAAGCAAUGAAGGGGCACUGCUUGCUGAAGCUCAUGCAGUUCAGCGAGCACCUCAGCGGCUUUCCCGGAUCACGAGGCAAGGAUGAUUUGUCGUACUGGAACAUGUUUGUCAACCAAUUCUUCUCCACGAAAGGCGUGUUCCGACACUCUGUUCAUAUCACCGACCACGAGGAUCCCUCGGAUAAGCAGUACGAAAUCUCGUACCCCGCACUCGCGCGAUACUUCCACACCCAUUUCGACAGCGGCGUCAAGAACAUGCAGUUGAUCAUGGAGAAGGGCACCACUGACCGCCCUCUUCCUGGCGAUGGACACUGGAUCGAGAACACCAAGUCGAGCCUGGUGUACUGGUUCGACAAUGGAUCACACCUUGUCGCGACUGGUACCGUACGAGCCCAUUUCGACCACGAGCAAAAGAUUGAGCUCUUUGAGUUUGUCACGAGUGGCCACGAGGAAUACAUUUCUCGGAAAUCCGUUAUCGAAUCAGCGAAACCCGCGCACAACUGGGUCAAGGAAUGGCACAAGGUCAAUUCGCAAGACUCAAAGACUUCGCCAGAAAUGAGCAAGAAGGGCAAGGCAAGGCCAUUGAAGUCGCCGCAAAACCCACCCCCAGAAGCCUUGGUGGAUCUCCCUGAAUCCUCCGUCAAGAGGGGCAUGGGUGUUACGGAGGAAGUCUUCCAGUUCCUCGAGAUCGUUGAGGUUUUCGGUCAGAUGAACCCGCUGUUUGGCUUCUCUCACAGCCACCCUGGCAUGCGCCCCUACCUUGCCCUCGAGCAAUACGUCAACCAGAUCAACAGCCAACCCCAGCCCAACAUGAAUGGUCAGCCUAUGCAGCAAGGGCCGCCACGGACCCCAGGUUUCGGGCAGUUCCCGGUCCCGCAAAUGCCGCCAGGGGGCGUGGGAGCGAGCCCUGCCCAGCCGCACAUGCAGCUCCCUGGGUCGCCUCACAUCAUGGGCAGCCCGGCGCAAGUUCAGAUGCAGGCACCCGGUAUGCAGCUGCAGCAGAGCCAACAAGGCACAAGCUCGAGCGGGCCGAGCGCCAACACGUCACCGGCAUCCAACAAGAGGAGACGCCCAUCAGGGGUCAAGACGGAAGACGAUGGUUCCUCGGCGCCAACGCCACAGUCGGGACCUGGUGGACAGGUGAACGGCGUCGGCAACAAGGGCAAGCCUCCCACGCCGAGAAUGCCCAAGCGAGUCAAGGGCAACCCCGCGUGA